CCCCCUCCACCCCUGGGCUUUAGCCCCUCCUCUCUAACUCCUAAUUCCUUACUACACUAACACAGAGACAGCUGUAAACCAGAAGCUCAAGUUCAUUGAUAAUGAGACAGCACUGCCUGGAAACCAAGUUCAUGAGUGAGAAGCCCCAGAGGGGGGCAUGAAUGUGAGUGACAGGACCCCUGACUGAGCGAAAGCACCAAGACUGUGAGGAGGUACAACUGGGAAUCCCUGCCCGAUGGUGUAGAGCAGCCCAGGACUAGAGGACACACACCUGGCCACAAGGGAUCCCUCUCUCAGGGGUGGUGGGACAUCUGCCCAACUUGGACUCCAUACUCCUGAAGCUAUGAAGGUUGGACCUGUCCCCUGGCUCUUCCUCCUGCUGCUGGGGAGUUUAUGGAGGGAUGCGCAACAGGCCCCAAAGAAUGAAAAGGACUGCGGAGAACAUGAAUAUUUUAACUUCAAACACAAAAAGUGCUGCUCCAAGUGCCCCCCAGGCACAUACGCCUCUUCCCAGUGCAACGCUAAAUCCAACACAACCUGCACGCCGUGCCGCAGCGACUUCUACACCGAGCAGUGGAACUACGCCGACCGAUGUAGGAUGUGUUUCCCCUGUCCCAAAGAUACUAGACUGGUGGCCACUGUGAAUUGCUCUGCCACCACCGCUACUGUCUGCGAGUGCCAAUAUGGGUUUGUGUGUGAGGUAAACAACGCACUGGGGAAGUGCAUGAACUGCAAACGUGUCGCCACCCCCCCACCUACAAUGGAACCCUCCACAGAUCAAGGUAAAAAUGAUGGAACUAAUGAAAAUGAAGAUAACGGUGCCCCCCUUUCGAUUAUAAUCCCCGUGGCUAUUGGUUUGAUCCUGUUUGCGUGUAUAAUAUUAUUACUUUUUCCUAAUACACGCGUUUUGAAGAGAAUAGUUCGUGCAAUGGGCACCAAGAAGGACAACAAAUCAUCAUCCUUAGUAGAUGCCAAGACUGAACAAGGCGUAACUCAGGAUCAAGAGAAGCUGUUACCUUCACCUAGUUCAUAUGCAACUAUUGUCGAGCGCAACAAGGGACAACCCUAUGGCAAUAACUGUCCUACUCAAGAUGCCACAGGCCCCAUCCAAGUUCAAGAUGAUAAUCUUCCAUUCCCCAUAAAAGAAACACAAACACCAGAGACUGAAGAACCAUGAUCCAAGUCAUGAAUGGCAUAAGGACAGAAGUAAUAGAAGUUACUCUGCGAGAAAACAAACACCCCAUAAAAAAAGUUCGGAACCUGUGUUUUGCAGUCUCAAACAUGUGUCUGUGUAGAGCAGUGGUUCCCAACCUGUGGGGUGGCCCAGACUGAAGGCCACUUAGGAGACAACUUGGAAGAGUGCCUCAUUUGUCACUUAGAUAUUCCAGGGAGAUCAGCUUGAGAUUUGAGGGUGAAGAUGUACAGUAUUCGCUGCCCUUCAUAUUCUUGGAACUGAUGUCUACAUAUAACUAGAACCUUGUGAUGAGCUGAGGAGAUCCUCCAAAGUGAUGGGUCUCAACCUGAACAAGUCCACCGAUGUAGAACAAAUGUGAGCUCAGCUGAACAACAUUCAUCUGAUCUCGAUUGUGGUGGUGGUUUGGAACACAAGUGACAUGACUGAACAAACUGAAGUCCUGUAUGGCCAAGGACUCCACUGCCUGGGAUUCAGAAUAGGCCCACAGAGGCCCAACCCAAGAAAUAGUAACUGCCUAUGGCACCUUACAGCAGCCCCUCUGGCAUUUGCCAGAACCUACAGAUUGCCAGCCCGGGCCUGAUAAUAUACAUGGCAUCAUUUAUUUACAUUAUGUCCCCUGAAUAUAUGGAUAUUUGGUGCCUACCACGGAAAAAGUUGGACUGUAUAAGACUAUGACAAUACAGGAAUAGAUAAGUGGUCUCUGGCACAAACCUGGGCACUGCUGGUAUCUGGCCUACAUGAAGUUCUGACCAUGGAUUAUACCACUUCCUAAUAGAAUACAACUCCGCGUCAAAUAGGAACCGGCCUUGAGCCCAGUAAUCACUAUGGGCCCCAUACUACAUAUCAGGGGUCCUCAAACUUCUUAAGCAAGGGGCCUUAUUAUGUCCCCGCAGACUGUUGGGGGGCCGGACUGCCAUCACCACCCCCAUCAUCAAACUGUGGCCCACUCCUGCAUUCUCUUCCAGCACCCCCCCCCCACAUUCCGUUUUUCCAUCCACCCUCCCGCUGAGUCCUACCUCUUCCAGUUCCCCCCAGUCUGCUGUCCGUCUUCCCAAAGAGAGUCCUCUUUCUGUAAGCGGUUCGUCCUCCCUCUCAGCUCCCCCAUCCCGCUCCCCACUGAGUCCUCUCUCUACGCUGCCAGAGGUGAGGGCGCAGCGGGGGGCCGGGUAAAUUAUCCUGGGGGGGGGUGGAUUUGGCCCGCGGGGCGUAGUUUGAGGACCCCUGCUACAUAUCCUCAGAAUAUACUCAGCCUCUCCCCACUAAUGCUAAAACCUAUCCUCCAAUCCACCAAACCCAAACCAACAAUACAAAUGUAAAUAUAAAUCUGUUAGUAAACAAGGAAGUAAAGAGACACAAGGGGAAAUCCCCUGAGCUGGAAUGUAAGUUUAUAGGGCACUUACCUCCCUCCCUGCACAAGCUCUAAAUAACUUCUGUAGAACCUCCCCAUUGUCUCAGCCGUCAUGGAAGCUUAGGAGACCAGCAGGUCAUUUGUUUUUAUUGUCUUUGUUGAUAGCUGGAUUUUGUGCCAGAACCUGCUAAGCAGACUCUGUAUAUUGCUCUGUUGGUAUAUAAAGGGCUAGUGUACCCUUAAAUAACCAAGCAGUACCGGUAGAUAGGCAAUGCUGGCACAGCUUUAUGGUAUCUCUAUGCACUGGCUAUAGCAACACCCAGCUAGCUGUUCCCACUGGGGGACAUCUUUUUAUCAUGGGGAGCCCUAGGCAAAACAAAGUACUGUAUGCGGGGCCUCAUUACUCUGAAAUUAGGGAUUUUUUAACAUAUGAAAACUCAGGGGAGCACUUUUUUGCACAAUUACUUUCAUUUCUAGGGAGCAUUUAAGUUCUCCUUAAUUGUUUAAUCUACCAAUUAAAACAAGAAAAGUUGCACUACUCCAAUAGGGCCACAGCAGACUCCAGAGACCCUUUAAAAUAUUCUCAUAUGUCCCCUAAAGGGAAAGUGUACCCUGUUAUACAACAUGAGUGCAGUAAAUAGGGCUUGGGCUGAAUAUACUUUCUGCCUAUUGCUUUAUUCAGAAAAAAACUUUUGUUAUUUCUUGAGCUAAACAGAGCAAAAAGGAAAAAAAACUGAAUCUACUCCAUGUUUGGUCCUUGCGAGGCAGAUAAUUAGUUUCCCACGCACAAGUAAUCCCCCUGCAUAAUGAACUCCUGCUAACAAGACUCAAGAAAGAGUGAAGGAAGCGGGGUUGUACACUGGUAAUCUAAUUAUCUACCUCGCGAGGACCAAACAUGGAGUAGCUUCCAUUUCCCUUUACUGGCAAUGGGGAAAGGCUUACCAAAAAGAGAGGUGUGGUAGGUGGUUCCAGAAAUUAGUGGAGGUGGUCAGGCGCGGAGUCAGGGUGCCAGAAAACGUUUGUUGGGUGGCAAAACCUACCCCCAACCAUAAUCAUCUUCCGUUGUGCCUAGGGGGUGUGGUCUAUCAAAACUGGGACAGGGCCUAAAAUGUGCGGAAACAGGGAAAGCCGGCCUACAAGGAAGCCUUUGUAUAAGUACUUCCUGUCCAUUUCUAUGAAAUGUCUUCAUAAAAUUCAAUUUUUGUCUAA